AUGAAGACUGAAGAAAACCAAGAAUCCCCUCGAAAGAAAGCACGCACAGGAAAUAAUCGACCCAAUGAUGUGGACCGUCUACCAGAUGAAAAAAGAUUUUGGUUGAUGAAAGCUGAGCCUGAAUCACGAAUGGUAAAAGGUCAGGAUGUUAAAUUUUCAAUUGAUGACCUUAAAGAAAUCAAUAUUUCACCAUGGGAUGGUGUUAGGAAUGCAGAAGCCUGUAUCACAAUGAGAUAUAAAAUGAAAGUUGGAGAUCUUGCAUUUUUUUAUCAUAGCAACUGUGAGGUUCCGGGUAUUGCAGGUAUUAUGGAGAUAUGUAAAGAAGGAUAUCCUGAUUAUACUGCAUGGGAUCCAUCUGAACCGUAUUAUGAUUCACGAUCGACAAAGGAAAAGCCAAGAUGGUACAUGGUUGAUGUAAAGUAUUUGAGACACUUUUCUCGUUUUAUUCCUCUCCGUGAAUUAAAAAAAUAUAAAGAAGGUCCUCUUAAAAAUAUGGCACUUUUAAGACGACCUCAGCUAAGUGUACAACCUGUAACAGUUGACGAAUGGAACUUUAUCAUGGGGCUUGAAAAAGAAACUACUAACUAA